UUCACUAAGAUAAACGUUUCUGUCUCUUCCUGCUCAGAGUUGCUCUGUGACCUUUCCUAAAUCAUUCCUAAGCUUGGUCUCCUAAAUAACAAUUUUUAGGCUAGAAGCUCUCUGGGAGUAUUCGCCAGGUGACAUCCUCCCAAACUCUGUGUUUGUCUUGUUUCUUGCUUCAUUAUUUUCAUCCAUCCCAACAAAAUACAGGGCUGCACCAAAGUCAUUCUUGCUGUUAAUCAGAUUGGAAAUUUAACUUUUUUCUAUUGUGAUUCUAUAUUUUGGAAAUCUUUGCAUUCUGAAAGGUGUUUGAAAUAGAAAAGUGUCUGAGGAGGACAUUGCUCAUUUGUUCACAAGAGAUAAAAGCACUUUCAGUCUGUCACUUUAAGGGGUGCAUUUCAGACAAAUUGUCCAGUCCCCCGUGUCUUGCUCAGACAGCUCCAGUGUGUGUGUGUGUGUUUGAGAGAGGGAGAGAGAGAUCCGGGGGUAUGAGCUGAGAAUAAAAGCGAGCUUCGUGGAGCCAGAAGUGUCCAGUUAUUAGCAUGCUGGUCUGGUCACUGUGGCCCUGCCGCCUUUCUGCUGGAGCCCAGUCAGACUGAGGGCCCGCUGUUAGCUGACACCACCCACAAUCCUACAGGAGACACAAAGGAGAUCAACAAAGACACACAUUUAACUGCAGAAAAUCAGGGCAACACCUGCAUUUAUAGCAUGCUUCUUUGAAAAAGCAAUGAAGGAAAAGAGCUGCAGACUUUUACGUGUCUGAAUCUGGGGUUUGGUACAUUUUUUCCGGCUUUGGAAACAGACUUGGCAGAUUCCCUCGCAUCUUUCCUGACUCGUAUCCUGGCUACUACUGUGGCGCGCUGACUGUCAAAGGACAGAAGUCUUUCUUGGACACAAAGGAAGCACUUGAAACUUCUACAUCCCUCAGUCCUCAGCAUUCCUGCCUGGAGCACAAGGAUUCUUGUCUUCCCAAAAACAACAUCGCAAAAUUCAGAGAAAAAACGACAGCUUUGCCUCCAAAAUGCUGAAUCUCAACUCACCAGACGACAACAGCAACAGGAACUCUCUCCGGGACCCCGUGUCACUAAACGUUGGUGGAGAAAUUUACACAACGACCCUGGACACCCUGACACGCUGCCGUGACUCCAUGCUAGGCGCCAUGUUCACGGGACAAAUCCCCGUGUUGCGAGAUAACAGAGGAAACGUUUUCAUAGACCGCGACGGUAAAGUGUUCAGGUACAUUCUGAACUACCUGCGCUCCAGCUCCCUGGACCUGCCUGAUGGCUUCUCCGAGUUGGCACUGCUGCGGAGGGAGGUGGAUUUCUUCCAGAUACGCCCCCUGCUGGAGGAGAUUUGCCACUAUGAGGCGUCAGUGCCUCUCAGCCUGAGAGGAGGGCCCCUAGGAGCCAUGAUUGUGGUGAAUGUUCACUCCAAGGUCCGCGUUCUCCACUUUAACUUACGCCACGGGCCGGAAAACUAUGAGCUUCGCACAUGCUCAGUGCGAGCCUUCACAGUUGACCUCUUUUGUACUUGGAGAGCCUUCCUGACCCUUCUUUGCGAGCACUUCUCCUACAGAACAUCCCAGGGUCUCACAAUCCCCCGUCCAUGCAACCCGAGGUACAACAGGCUCAAACUGGAGUGGGUGCCGAAGCCUGAUGAACUCCCGCAGGAGCAGUAUGACAAGCAGUGCUACCGGGGGCUGACCAUCUCUAACCCUGAGGUCAUGCAGUUUGAUGACAUCAUGAACAUGCACAGCAGCCCUUGUGAUAUCACAGACAUGCAGGGGUUUGUGGAGGAGCUGCUGAAGGUGUCUCUGGCUGAAGGGUUCAAGGUUGACUUGGUCAUUCCCGACCCGGCGGAAAUUCUUAACUGCACCUCACUUCGGCUUGUCAAGUGCUGAGCUCCGGGCAGAGAACAUGAACUGAAAGCACCAGAAGAUGCCAAGCUGAUGAACUGUGGUUCAUUAUCUUUAAUGAUAGCUAUACUGGUUAGAGUUAGGAUUAACCUUUUAAAGUGGAGAUAGGAUGCAAAUUGUGUCUUUGAGGUCAUUGAAAAUGUCUCUGUGGUAUUGGUAUCUGUUCUUCAAUCAUAGAGUUUAGCAAAAUAGUAAGUAAUAGUGCAGUGUUCAAAUAAGGGCCCUUUCACACCUAGCUCUUUUGGUCUGGACUUUUGGACUUUUCAGUUGGAUCCGAACCAACAUUACAGGUGUGAAACCUUCAAACAGUUGAACCUUGAUCCGACCAAAAGAGGUGGUCUCAAUCAAACUGUACUACGGUUCAGUUUGGUUCUGGUGUGUAAACGUGCUGGUUUGGAUCAGUUACAAAAAGUAGUGGGAGGCUAUCAUCAAGUGAUAAGAGUCGUGUUGAGCCUCAGUGCAUAGUGUUUUUUUGGAUGAGCAUCUCACUGUGUGACUGCUGCUACAACAUACGUCCACAAACCAACCAAUAGAAAUGCAGCAUGAAAUGACACAUUUGCCAGUGUAACACUGCUAAAUGCUAGUAGAUGCUAAUAAGUACUUAAUUCAACUUCUCAUUGCAAAAUUGGUAUGCCAAGUUGGCCUCUUUUGCCCAGCCGCGACCAUGCCCACGUUCUCCUUAGCUUGGGUGGUAUCACGGUAUUAUGGUACAUGGUCAUUUAAAAAUCCUGAAGGUAUUAUUUUCAAUACCAUCAUAAAUCUAAGCACUCUUAUUUCUAUUUAACUCAUUGUAUGUAGUGCACAGCAUGCACCACCGGAGCUCAGGCUCUGGUCUCUAUUAGUGGAAUGGGCAAUUGAGCUGGAAAAACAACAGCGACACCUAGUAGUGCAGGGAGAAGUUACAGGACUGUAAACAGCUGGUGGACAGCACACAGAGAGAGAGACUGUGUAGAACAAUGGCAUGUUUUUACAUCUAACUCUGUGAAUUAAGGAUUUAUUUCGACCAAACCUGAGCUGGUGAUUGUUUGAACAGUGGAUUAACUAACGAGAUUACUAACAAGAGUAACCAAGAUGGUUUGUUUUAUUUUGUUUUUGUGGUGGUGUUUAAUGAGUUAAUGAGGCACAGAAAGAAAGUUGAAUUUAAACGGUGUACAUUUGUAUUUCUCAGUUUUAUAGGGAAAAUAGGUGUGAAAAUAUUACCUAUUGUAACAUUUUGUGUGGUUCUGUUGUGUAUUUAUUAGUCUCAAAAGCUGAAAUUAAGUAAUGCACUUAGAUCUGCACACUAGCCAUCAUAAACCCUAUACCGUGGUAAAAUUACAGGAUACAGAUACACUAGCCAAGCCUAGUGUGUGGUUUCGCCACAGAGAGAGUGAGGGUGGCUGCAGUCAUAGCAGACAGGCGUUGGCAGUUGGAGCAGAGAGGAAAUGAGCAGUUAAGCUGUCAAGAAGAAGUAAUUGUACAGUUUAAUUUGUCUGUGAACAAUAGCACAAAUUGAGGUAGCACAUGGGGCAAGGAAAAGACGACUUUAUUAAGAGUAACAAAAACUCACAUUUUUUUCAAGAGGAUGAACUUUAUCCAGAUGUGUUAGUCCAUCUUUGAGAAAUUCAAUUUAGUACGAUUGCAGUCGGAUUAACAUGCUUACAUGUAUUUUAAAAGUCCAAUUUUAGUUUUACUAAUACAGCAAUUUGACUUUUUUUUUUAAUCCUGUAAACUUACUGAAUAGGUUUUUGAGAUUUUUACUCUUUUGCAAACUACAAAAAAACCCAACCUGCACCAACUCAGUAAAAUUAGCUUAUUUUCAAUUAAACUGUGUAUUUCCUUGUGGAGGGGCUUUGUCUGUUUGCCCUUUCAAUGACUUACAGGGGCAGUUGGAUGAGUUAUGAGCACGAUUGUUGUCUGGAGGGGUAAAGGAUGCGUCUUGACUGAAAAGGGAAGGUGUCUCGUUGUGAAAACAAACCCAGCAGUUCUUUCCUCUUGCUCCCUUUUUAAACUUCCUUCCUUCCUCGGACUGUGAGAGACGUGAGGAGCAAUGAAUGGCUCUGCAGCCCUUCUGGAUGGACGGUCUGGUGUUAUUGUUCACAUUAUGCACAGUGGAUAGCUGCUAGCGUAUAGCUGCUGUGUAAUGCUUAGCUCAGUUUUUCAAUUUUCUUUGAGAUGCAUUAUUGAUCGAAGGUUACCAUGAUUUAAUGUACUCAUUGUGUGUGUUUGUAUGUGUGUUUAUUUUUUCC